GAGUUAUCCACAGGUAUACGCGACGAGUGCUGGACAAGGCCGACGAGAUCAUUGGCACGGAUCGCGUCUUUGGCUCUCCCAGCGAUAUCAUGGAUCACCGUGCUGACAGAUGGCAGAGGGUGUGGAGCAGUGACACCUUCAGUGCUGACAAGUUAUGCUUCGGUUUGAGCUACCUUCGUCAGAGAUCAUCUCAGCAGGACAGCGAGCCGAUUACGACGGACCACAUUUGCCAGGCGGCAUCCAGCAUGAACGCGAAGAAGUCCAAGGGUAUCGAUGCUAUGGGCCCAGUGGAG